UUGCGAAGAGGUUGCCACCAAGGCUCGCUGGUGGCACUGAGGCGGCGCAGGCACACCGGGGACUGCAGCCAGCCAGGGACUGCCUGGGGUGAGCACCAGCGAGGGAGCAGCCCGUGCCAGCCAGCCCAGCCAUGUCCCCAGUGGUGAAAGAGAAGAACCACGUAAGGUUGGUCUUCUUGGGCGCAGCCGGCGUGGGCAAGACCGCCCUCAUCCGCCGCUUCCUGAUGGACACCUUCGAGCCCAAGCACCGGCGCACGGUGGAGGAGCUGCACAGCAAGGAGUACGAAGUGAGCGGCGCCACGCUCAAGGUGGAAAUCCUGGACACCAGUGGCAGCUACUCCUUCCCAGCCAUGAGGAAGCUCUCGAUCCAGAACAGCGACGCCUUCGCCCUGGUCUACGCCGUAGACGACGCAGAGUCCUUCGAGAGCGUCAAGAGCCUGCGGGAGGAGAUCCUGGAGGUGAAGGAGGACAAAUUCCCUCCCAUCGUGGUGGUCGGCAACAAGGCAGAGAGCGGCGGCGAGCGGCAGGUGCCGGCCGAGGACGCUCUGUCGCUGGUGGAGCUGGACUGGAACAGUCGCUUCGUCGAGACGUCAGCCAAGGACAACGAGAACGUCCUGGAGGUCUUCAGGGAGCUGCUGCAGCAAGCCAACCUGCCCAGCAGGCUCAGCCCAGCGCUCUGCAAGAGGAGGGAGACGUUGCCCAAGGAGCAGACGCUGAGGCCUCCCAUGAACAAGACCAACAGCUGCUCGGUGUGCUGAGCUGGACACCCCAGGGCUGGGAGGAAGGCACCGGCACCAGCGGCACCGGCUGGAAACUCAGGUGGGCUGGGUGGGGAGAGGCACUGCCUUGGCCAAUACCAACCCUACUGCCUCCCCUCCCUUCCCUCCUCUUCCCCACCCAGCCCACCAGGACAGGUGAGAGUUGGAGAUGACAAAGGAGGAGGAACUUGGAAGGGAUGCUGGUGGCUGGAAGGGCAUAGGGAGAGUGUGAGCUCCCAGAAAGGCAGGAGACGUACCUGGGAAACCGCUGCUGGGCAGCCUGCGUGGUGCCUCCACACCGUGGGGAGCUCAUGGGCAGC